CCCGGCAUGAAGACGGCCGCGCAGGGAGCCGGCAGCGAGGGGCGGCCGCAGCGAGGCGUCUGCGUCCUCUGCGGGCUGCCCGCGGCCGGCAAAUCGACCUUGGCGCGCGCCCUCGGCCAGCGGCUGCGGCGGGAGCGCGGCUGGGCCGUGGGCGUCCUCUCCUAUGACGACGUCCUCCCGGACACGAUCCUGGCUGGAGACGGAGCGCGACCCAGGCCAUCCCGAUGGAAGCUGCUGCGGCACGAGCUGCUCAAGUACCUGGAGUGCUUCCUGGCGGCCGUAUCCAACGGCUGCAGGAUGUCCGCCCCGCCCGGCAGCACCGAGGCCGUGUGGACCGACUUCACAGCCUGCCUGCACGCCCAGGACCUCGUCCAGCCCGCAGCCCCGGAGCCCCGGGCCGGCUACCCGUUAACCAAAACGGCGGCCUCUCGACCUUUGCUCUUGCUGCUAGAUGACAACUUCUAUUAUCCAAGUAUGAGAUACGAAGUCUACCAGCUGGCUCGGAAAUAUUCCUUGGGCUUUUGCCAGCUCUUUUUAGACUGUCCCCUCGAGACGUGCUUGCAGAGGAAUGGCCUGCGACCGCUGGCACUGCCGACCGAGACCAUCCGCCUGAUGGCAAGCAGGAUAGAAAGGCCCAACCCUGAGAAGAACUCCUGGGAACGCCACAGCCUCACAAUCCAGGGUCCUGCCUGUUCCCCCGAGGCAAGCCCGGAAGUGACGGACUUGCUGCUGACUGCGAUGGAGCAUCCAGUGAAACACACUGAGGAAAACGUGGCGCAGAAGGAAGCAGACAGGAUUAUUUGUUCGGCCAACAUCCUUCACAAAGCUGACCAGACACUACGGAGAGUUGUCUCUGAGAUAAUGAAGGAAGCGAAAGACGAGCAAGUUCCUCCUUCCAGCAUGAAGCUUCUGGCAGAAGAACUUAACACGCUCAAAGCAGAGUUUCUGGAAGACCUACGACAAGGAAACAAAAAACGUCUACGCUUCCAACAAACCACUGAUGUGUCAGACAUCAUUUCUGAUUUUCACCAUGAGAAACAAAACAUUGUACAGAAGUAUUUGUCAAAGUCACAUUAAAUUUUCUGAAUUUUCAAUUAAA